CAUCACCUACAAGACAGGAAAAAACAUUUUUGGAAAUAUACAUGGUUAGAGUACUUUUAAACAUGAUUUACAAAGGAAACCUAUUUUGCUUAGAAAAGCUGCAGCAUAUUUGCCAUUUAUCUUGCCUAAAAAGAUGCUUUACACAUUUAUGCCCUUCACAUAAGGAGUCUGUAAAUUUAAUUUUUAUGAGAAAGGUAUGAUUGCUCGUAAAAGUUUACUCCAUAAAACAAGUACAUCCAAACACAGUCCACGAUUAGUAAUUGUGUAUAUCCAGCACACAUGACAACUGUGUGAUCAUGCCACAUAGCUUGUGAACAUACACAGAUUUUUUUUUUUUUUUGUCUAAGAAAAUAUUGUCAUUGUGACAGUCUAAAGAGUAACCCCACUCAAAAAUACAGUAAUGACAGCAUGCUAUGUUAUUGUUUAUAAACCUUCAGAUCUUGCCAUACAUGUCCGAGGACACAUGACGGCAUCCCGCCUCAUGUGGCAUGCAAGCAAUUUGAAUCAUAAUUUGUUGAUGCAAUGUGACAUGCUACACAUAAAAAACUACUUCAAAGCCUAUCACCUCAAAUCUCCCUCUGUUUACAUCUGCAAUUCCUUAAGCAGACAGUGUAAUACUGCAACAUAAAAAAAAAAAAAAAAAUUAAAAAAACUACAACAUUUAAUGUGCAAUUUAACAUGCCAUGGUAUGCUCAUUCUGAUUCUGAUUAAUCUAUUUAAUAGGUUCAGAUUAUUUUGUGGAAACUAUGGUGCAUACUCAUUAUUGUAGCUGCAUGUACAGUAAUUAUUUUCAUUCAUAUUUGUGUAGUAUGGACACUUUAAUGUAAAGCUUCACAUUUAAAGAGAAAGAGCAACUUCAUGACGAAGCUAAAUAUCAAACAUUAUUUCUGUAAGGAACUGGAAGUGCGUUCAUACAAGACCACUAAUUUUACUGUCGUAAACUCAAUAAAGAGGCAUAAUACACCCUCAUUUUCUAACAAACGUACAUAAAACAAGUGCAAGAGAUUUUCAGUGGGACUGUAAUACAGUACAUACUAUUACUAUAGUAUAGAAUAGUAUAGUAUUGUAAUACUAUUUCACUCUAUUAACGGAUGCACCAGCACUCUCAAUCAGAAACCGUUAAAGUUAAAGAAAACAAAAGAUUCAGCUACAUAUAUUUGCUCUCAAAUGUAUUUUUUGCACGGUAUUGAUAAUAAUAAUAUUACAAUAAAAAUAAAAAGGUUGCAAAGCUGUGGAAUGUUAGUGUAAUAUAUAUAUAUAUAUAUAUUUAUUUAUUUAUAGGUGAACUUUACCGAUAGUGCAGCGUCUCUCUAAAGCAAGUUUAUUUAAAUAUGACAAGCUAAUUAUCAUUGUACCGUUGCCUCGCACUCAAACAGAGGGAGAUCUGUUGCUAACACACACUAAUCGCGUAAAAUCGCAUUAUUUUAAACCUAGCAAUACUCCUGCCCUGUAGCGGGAGAAAUCUUGGCUUCUUUGAGCCCGUUGAGUUUCUGAUGGGAGAUUGGUGACGUAAGAGCCAUCAACAGCGACAGGCUGAUCGAGGCAGUCGCGAGGAUGGAUAGAUGGACAGAUGUUGGGGCGGAACUUGGACAUAUUUCCACAUUAUUAGCCCCUACCGACAGGCGUACGGCAUAAAUGACCAGUUAGACUGCAACUGGCAAUAGCUCAAGGAUGCGCAGCGCCGUCAAAGGGUUUCCAGCGAACAGGGGAGCGAGAGGACGGAAAUACAGCUGGACGGGCUCUCCAUAACUAUGGAAGUUUCUUCCGUUUUGUAUUGUUUGUUGAUGAGCAUCUGCUACAAAGUGUUGCCAUAAUCCGGAUGGCAGUAAGGACAACCAAAGGAAGCGUUUUUUCUCUCUCUGUCUCUGUGUUUCUGCGCAAUUAGACUGGACGGGGAGAUACAUCUUAGCUCUUGGCAAUCAUGUUAUGACUUCUUAGACUUGUCGGCCAGAUACACCUUCACGUGACAUUUUUAUUUUGCAGACAUUUGUGGUCUGGAAAAAGCAACAUCAUCUCAAGACCUAUUGACCCCUCUUAGACUUUGCAUCGUGACUUUUUAAAGAGGUGGAAUAAAUAAAAUAAAAAUCAGACUCUGGUUGCUUUUGAAGAAAAGAGGAACGCAGUAUUACAUGCUUUGUAAUACAGUUUUUAAAUUGAUUCUUUCCCUCCAUCACUGGCAUUUUGGUUCUGUAUGAGAAGUCAAGUGGAGGGAGUGGGACGACAGCAUGCCGCGGAGAAAGCAGCAAGCGCCGAGGCGAUCUUCAGCCUACAUGCCGGAGGACGAGCUUAAGGCAGCCAAGAUCGAUGAGGAGCACCUGCAAGACGACGGUCUCUCCUUAGAUGGUCAGGAUGCAGAAUACCUGUGCAAUGAAGAUGACGAUGGCCGUGAACAGCUGAGCUACCAGAACUCCCCACUCAGCAAUGGCACCAACCCAGAUGCUGGGUAUGGCUCACCCCUUAGCGACACCAGUGAUCACCUGGCUGACUUCAAAAGCACCUCCUCCAAAGAGGGCCAGGAUAAAGAGGAGGUCGAAGAGAUGGAGACCGAUGCAGGACUGUCCUUGCAGGACAGCCUGGCACAGAUGAAAGCCGUCUAUGCAAACCUGAUUUCAGAUGCUUCCUGGUCAAGUAUCACAAGAGACAUUAUGAAAAGCAAGCAGGUUAGUGCUAGCAGCACUACAAGCAGUACUCCAAGCAGCCACAAGGGAAACAACAGCAUUGUGAAUAGCCAUGCAAAUAACGUUGCUUGCAGUGGAGCCGGCAGCAGCAGCAGCAACAUUAGUGCUAGCACUAAGACAAAUGUGACAGCAAACAGCAAUUCGACAAAAACCACCACUUUAAACAAUGCCAACAAUGGAAAUAUCAAUGGUGCUAAUAGUGGGGGUGUUGCAUAUGACUGGCACCAAGCAGCACUUGCUAAAACCUUACAGCAUACUCCCUACCACCUCAUGCCUGAACCGAGUCUCUUCAGCACAGUGCAGCUGUACCGGCAAAACAAUAAGCUGUAUGGGCCUGUGUUUACAGGUGCCAGCAAGUUCAGAUGUAAGGACUGUAGUGCAGCCUAUGACACACUAGUUGGUCUCACAGUGCACAUGAAUGAAACAGGCCAUUACCGUGAUGACAAUAAGGACAAAGAGGAGGACAGGGGCAAGAAGUGGUCCAAGCCACGGAAGCGAUCCCUGAUGGAGAUGGAGGGCAAAGAAGAUGCUCAGAAAGUCUUGAAAUGCAUGUAUUGUGGCCACUCAUUCGAAUCCCUGCAGGACUUGAGUGUCCACAUGAUCAAAACGAAACACUACCAGAAAGUGCCUCUCAAAGAACCAAUGCCAGCUCUUGCCUCAAAGCUGGUGCCCUCCACCAAAAAGCGAGUGUUCCAGGAUCUGAUGUCUCCAUGCUCACCGGAGUCCAUCUCGAGCACCACUGGUAUUCCAUUGGCAGAAACUGCGCCCACCAAAGAUCAGAAGAUUUCCAACCCAUAUGUCACGGCUAAUAACCGUUAUGGUUACCAAAAUGGUGCAAGUUAUACUUGGCAGUUUGAGGCCCGAAAAGCUCAAAUUCUGAAGUGUAUGGAGUGUGGGAGCUCCCAUGACACUUUGCAACAGUUGACAGCCCAUAUGAUGGUAACUGGACAUUUUCUCAAAGUCACAAAUUCUGCUUCUAAAAAGGGGAAGCAGUUAGUGUUUGACCCUGUGGUGGAAGAGAAAAUCCAAUCGAUUCCUCUUCCACCCAAUACAACACGUCUACCAGCUCCCACUAUCAAGUCCCAACCAAAUUCACCAAUACACCCCUCCACCAUGGAUGAAAGGAAGGAGUUAGAAGAUGAGAAAAUGGAGGAAAGUGAAGAGAUUAAAAUCAAGCAAGAGAAGGAAGAUCCUUCUGAGAAAACGGAAAAGACAGAGAAGCCUAGCCAUUACAAAUAUCUAAGAGAGGAGGAUCUUGAAGAGACUCCUAAAGGUGGACUAGAUAUUCUUAAGUCAUUAGAAAAUACAGUCUCCAGUGCAAUCAGUAAGGCUCAGACAGGUACACCAACUUGGGGUGGAUAUCCUAGCAUUCAUGCCGCCUACCAGCUCCAAGGGUCUGUGAAAUCUCUCCCUGCCAUUCAGAGUGUCCAGAUUCAGCCAACAUUCAAUGCCAGCAGCUUGAAAUCUUUGACCUCUGACUCCGGUGCUCUGAUCCAUUCCCCAAGCAGCCUCUCUCCACCUCCAAACCAUAAAAGCAAUGUCCUAGCCAUGGAGGAGCUGGUGGAGAAAGUAACAGGCAAAAUCCCAUCCAAGAAGGACAGGGAUGAGAAAUCUACUGAACGCAGUUCCAAACAUCUGACUGCUGAAUUACCCUCUCCUGUCCUGAAAGACAGAAAAGACUUGCCAAGACCAGAUGAUCUUAGCAAGCCAACAAAGAACGGCACAGCAGAUAAAGUGUUGGAGCAUGUUUCUCUUCGGGAAGGGGAAUAUAAGGAAAGCUAUGCAGAUACUCCCGUUAAGAAUGGAAUGGAUGCCCUCAAAACACCAGUCAGCAAUGGUUGCAGUAAUUUAGGAAUUAUCACUGACCACUCACCAGAACAGCCUUUAGUCAACCCCCUCAGUGCAUUGCAAUCUAUCAUGAACACUCAUUUGGGUAAGGCCUCCAAAACUGUCAGUCCACUCCUGGACCCACUAGCAAUGCUGUACAAGAUCAGCAACAACAUGAUAGAGAAACCCAUGUAUAGUCCAGCUCAGGUCAAGCAAGUUGAGUCUAUCAACAGAUAUUACGACAAUGAUGAUGAUCAGCCCAUGGACUUGACCAAGUCCAAAAGUGGCAAUGGGCCCACCAAUAAUUGCUCAUCUACUGUCAUCAACAGCAACAGCAGCAUCACAAACAGUUCCCGGCCCAUCUUAUCCACUUUGGCUGAAUCAAUCUCAUCUCCUCUUCGGGAGAAUGCGUUAAUGGACAUAUCUGACAUGGUGAAGAACCUCACAGGUCGCUUGACGCCAAAGUCAUCAACACCUUCCUCCAUAUCUGAAAAGUCAGAUGCAGAUGGCUGUGCAUUUGAGGAUGGCUUGGAAGAUCUUUGCCCUGUUCAGAAGAGGAAAGGCAGGCAGUCAAACUGGAACCCUCAGCAUCUGCUCAUUCUCCAGGCUCAAUUUGCAUCCAGCCUUCGAGAAACCCCUGACGGAAAGUAUAUCAUAACAGACCUAGGUCCUCAGGAGCGAGUACAUAUUUGCAAGUUUACAGGUCUCUCCAUGACCACCAUCUCCCACUGGUUGGCAAAUGUCAAGUACCAGCUCAGGCGGACAGGUGGGACCAAGUUUCUGAAGAACAUAGACUCGGGCCAGCCACUGUUCUUGUGUAGUGAUUGUGCCUCCCAGUUCAGAACUCCCUCCACAUACAUAAACCACUUAGAAUCCCACUUGGGCUUUAGCUUGAAGGACCUGUCCAAGUUAUCAAUAGACCUCAUAAGAGACCAGCAAGCAGUCACAAAAAUGUUCACAGACAAGACAUUCAGUGCCCUUGGCUUGACUGAGGAGGACUCGAAUUCCAUAUUUCAGUGCAAACUGUGCAAUAGGACUUUUGUCAGCAAGCACGCAGUAAAACUGCACCUCAGCAAAACGCAUGGAAAGUCACCAGAGGACCACCUGGUCUUUGUUACUGAGCUGGAAAAGUUAGAAAAGCCCUAAAGAUAGCAGGCUGGUGGCAGUGAAGUGACUGGAUUGAGAAUCAUUGCACUACAUCACUGUACUGCACUGCGCCUGAACUGAGCCUUCAGAUUCAGUCCAACUUAUAUCGUGAAACUGCCUGACUGGACCAUGAUCUGUUUCAAUUUCUUUUUCAAUUUUCCUUUGUUUUUGAGUCUCUUGCUUUGUAUUGUAUUUAUCUAAAAUGUGUCGGUUAUGUGCAUGUUGUUUUCCCCCUUUCUUCUUUUGAGUAAAUUCAUAUUCAAACUGAAUUUACAGUUUGUACUCUGUUGAAUUGGGAAUGAAACAAACAUGGUAUCCGUGGGCAUGUUCUAAACAAAAAGGCAAAAGAACUUAUAGAAUAGAAUUAAUUGCAUUAUGAACACUUACUGUUCAUAAAAAAAAAAAAAAAAAAAGACAUUCAUUAAAGCACUCCGUAGUGUUGAAUGUUAUGAGAAUAUGUACAAAAUGAGACAGGCCUAUUUUGUUAAUUUGAGCUCAGAAUUUCAGAUAUUGGCUUGAAACAACUCAAAACUUUGCAACCCGUUGAAGUUAAAACAGUGCAUCAUAGAUUUUGUGGAGUCUUCUAAACCUCGAAGGAUAUUGAAGAUUUUAACUUUUGUCAAGAUCUUGAAUAGGCAGCUGCCUAUGAUUAUACACUUUGGUUUUUCAAAGGCAUUUAUUUGUUUUUAAUAAUCAUUGUUUUUAUGUUGUUGUUGUUGUUGUUGUUGUUUUUUUUUUUUUAAUAUAAUUUUAUACAGUAGCAAUUUGUAAUGUAUUCUUUGUACCACUAUUUCUCUUUCUAUGGUUUCGCAUCAGUUUCGACAUGUAAAGACUUCAUUGAAAUCUUAUAUACAGCACAUAUAUUUAAAAGAUCAGCGAAGAUGUGUAAAUUUUCAUCAUCAUAUCUUGCCAGUUGCAGCAGCUCAACAUUGUUUGUAUGGUGUGCAUUCUUUUAUAUUGUCAUUUUAUAUAUAGUAAACAAAAAGGAAAUAUGUACAGAGAUGUAUAUGCAGUAUAUGUGCUGUAGAACCACAAUUCAUCCUUUAGUUUCCAAUGAACUAUGUUCUGGGAUGUGGUUAAUAUGAAUUGACUGAAGGAGUUGCAUCUGUGUUGAUGCAUGAUGCGUGAGGGGAAACCAAGCAAUGCAAAACAUGAAAUACAGUACAUUUCAAUGUUUUAUCAUGCCAUUGUGAAAAUCCCCACCAAUUCCCUAAUUUAAAAAAAAAAAAAAAAAAUGUUUUUGUCCAUUAAUUGUAAAAUAAAACCUGAAGCAUUUCUUGAUUAA